UGUUGGGUUCGUAAGGCCAUGUUACUCCUAAAUUUCUAUCUUGUUCAAAGAGAAGAUAUAAAACAAAGUUCUAAGCUAAUCGACCUGUGUGUUCUCCUUUUUUAAAAAUAAGAAUCGAUAAAGAAUCAAAUCGUUAUACAGAAUCAAAAAUGGAAUCGGAAUCGUGAAAAUCUUAUCAAUACCCAUCCCUAGUAAUAGCCACAUGCAUGACUCCUGAGUGUAGAACAUUUGCAGAGCUGUGGUGUGACAUUUGUGAGAACUUGAAUGGUCCACGGAGCAGUAUGGAUCCCAUUGCCAUUUACCUCGUGUAGAGUUUAGGAUUGGCCAUGCUUUCAGUUGCACAUUCUAGCUUUUUACUAAAGUAAUGAAAUCUCUAAUAGCCAUGAUGUGAUGAUCUAUUUGUUAGUGAUCCACUGCUGAGCGUGGCCAUGAGUGGCUCUUAGUUAUGGAGUUACCAAAGUAUUGUCAUAUGCUGAAAUUAAAGGGUUAGAGGUCCUGGUGAUGCCAGAUAAUGUAGAAAUUUACUUAUAGGUCCAUUAUAAUAAAGUCAUUGCAUUUGGCUGGUUUUUUUUUUUUUUUGGUUGUUUUUUUGUUUUUAUAAGAAAUUUAACAACUGGAGUAUAUACAACCCCUGUUUCAAGUUACUUAAAAAUAAAUCCUCUAUGUCUAAACACUUAGUGAUUACACAUUCUUUUAACUGAAACCUUUAAGGAGAUUUUUUUUUUUUAAAUUAAAGAGGAACUACUGAAAUCCAGCAAAAUCAUUUGGUUUGUGGCACAUGGAUUUUUAUACCUUGUGUGUGUGUGUGUCAUAUACCAGUUUAAGUGUUGUCCACCGAGUUUUUGGGGUCUAAAAGGCUGCACGUCUGUGUUAUCUUCACAUAAUCGUUAUAAUGAGACGGUGCAGUCUUCAAAAAACAAUUGUUCCUGUUUGCUUCUUGGGAAUACUUUUUUUCCCUUCAUUUCUUGAAGGCCACGUCAAGAUUUUUCAACAAGAACUCUUAUUUCGAGGCUGGAAAAGCUUGUUGUGGAUCAUGCAGAAAAUUGUCUGUUUAAUAUAAUGCUUGAAUUUUUAAGCAGCCAGUUGAUGGAGCAGCUGAACUCUCAAGAGGACGCCUCCUUACUUGUGUCCGGUCUGAAGUGCCUUUGGACACAAAAUGAACCUCCACUGCUUUUUGGGAACAGUCUCCGACAUGGCGCCUCUGCAGACUUUAAAAGGAGGGCUGAAACGUAUCACUGAAUAAACUUGAUGAAACGUGGCAUGCUGUGCACAUCAGAGAUGAAACUGGAACUGCACAUAGUUGCAUCAGUGCUCUCUUUGUAACCAAACAUGUAGAGCUAUGAAGCUGUGCCAUAGAUGCAGACUGGUCCUUUUGAAAGGCAAAAAGUCAGUAUUUUUUUUUUUCAUCCUGUGUAUUGUGUUCAGUCAUUGCACUGUUGUGACCGCCACUUUCCCCGAAAACUAAGAAAUCGGCUCACAUCAGCUUAUGUGGUUUAUGAGUGAUGAACCUUUUUAAAGAGGUGUAUGUUUUGCUUCUGUCUGUUCAGAAUAAAAUAGUUUUUGUAAGGUAGGGAAUGUUUUAAUUUCAUGUCUGUGUGUAGCUACAUGUUGCUUUGGUUUUUACUGAAUUAAUUUUUAAAAAGCAAUUGCAUUAUUUGAAACAGAAAGUCGAGACUUGAGCGCCAGUUGCUCCACCAGAGGCAGGACCUCAACUCUUGGGGUUAUAUUUGCCAGGCUGUAGUUUGUUACUGCCGCUGUCCAUACUGGUUUCUGGCACAAGUUUAGUCAUGUUAGAUUUUUGGGCUCUAGAGGAUGUUGUCUGGUGGAUUAUUGCUGCUAUUAUCAACAUGUCUGGGCCGUCUUCCCAGGUUGUGAAUAAAUAUUAGUUUACUAAAACUUCAGCUGAAACUUUGGUUGAUUAUUUAUUUUUAAAUGUUUUUUUGGCUCUGAUAGAAACACCCUUCAGUCUGCAGUUGCAUUGAUCCUUGGUGGUGUGGACUGUCUUAAGUAAUUACAUUGUUCUCUUUGUUGCCCCCCCUUCCCCCCUCAUGUGAGGAGAUUAGCUCAGAGUAAUUUGUCAGAUGUGAUAAGGCAGUGCUUGAAGCAACUAAGAAAGGAUGGCGUAAGCUGGGAUUUCUGCAAAUAAAGUCAGUGGUGAGUGUGGAGCUGCCACUGCUUUGUCUUUACAGUAUGGGCCAAGCUGCUGUCCGGACUUGUGGAAGAAGCGAGUCUUAUGUUACAGAGCUGUAUGAAUGGUUCAGGUAAGCUUUUGAAUUUGUCUUAAAUUUUUACAGGAAGCUGAAAACGGAUGCAGAUUUUCUUUAGCCUUAAAGUGUUUAUUACGUUCAUGCCCAACUCCAUGAUUUUAGACUGUACUGGAACAGGCAUGGCAUGGUGGUGCAGUGGUUAGCACUGCAGACUUAAAGCAAGCUGGUUCUUUGUUUGAACCUGCCAGCUGGGUGGAGCCUUUCUGCGUGGAGGUUGCAUGUUUUCCCUGUCCCUGUGUGGGUUCUCUUCAGGUAAUCCAGCUUUCUCUUAUAGUCCCAAGAUGUCCUUGUUAGGUGAAGUCCUGAAUCCAGAUUGACCAUGGGCAUAAAUAUAAGCUGAGUGAUUGCCUCUGCGUUGCCCUGAGUUAGACUGGGUGACCUGUCCAUGUUUUAUCCAGCUGCUCCACACGGGGGUGAAAAUGAAUGAAAUUUAUCGAACAACUUAAAGAGAUUUUUUUGUUCAAAACAAUCCUUACAAAUCUAUUAUCCUGGACUUCAAUUCAUUCUCUGAUUGAAACGAACAGUUUUGCCUCCGGAAACCAACUUUGUUUUGAUUCGCUGCCCCUCCAAACAACAGGUAUAAACAGCAGGUGAAUGGGAGCUUUUGACUACAUUAGGAAAUCUGCUCUCACUGACAUCAUCCAGAGCCAAGAGUAUUACAAAAAUCUGAAAUUUAGUUUUUAAAGCAAUCUGGCGCUCAUUGUAAUUACUUGCACAUAUGCUAAUUUCAUUGUUAAAUAAUGUUUGAGCAUAUUUAAAAUAAGCAUCCACCAGUGCAAGAGUGUACUUGAAUUUCCCUGUGGGAUCAAUACAUUUAUUUUUACUCUUAUUGAUUUUGGCAUUGCAGAAAUUGCCAGUGUAUUUAGCCAGAUUAGAAUUAGUUGUUUUUGCAGGCAAAGCUGCAAAACUAACAGCAUCAGCAACAGAGUAAAGUAUUAUCUCCUGUGGAUUGAUUAGCUUCACUCUGCCAUGAUGUCAUCUGGCCUAAUUAUCUUGGCACUUGUGCCGCACUCUGUAAAUAAGCUUUCAAACACAUGUAAUCCACACAAGUUGGGGAUGGGUUGACCUUAAUUCCAUUGAUUCUCAAUUUAAGACACAUUUUUCUCUCAUGCUGCAAAUCAGACCCCUCUCCCAAACUACCCUUGUUUUCCAACUUCUUUUGUGUAUUAAAACUCAAAUUGUUUUUGUCUGUGACAGAAAGUUUGUUAUCGAGUGUCCAAGUGGGCUAAUCGCUCUUCACGAGUUUCAAAGGCAUUUCUGUGAUGGAACUGUGGGCAGUGAGUCGGCAGAGUAUGCAGAACAGAUUUUCCGCACACUCGACAGCAAUGAGGAUGGGGUGGUUGACUUCAGAGAGUAUGUCAUGGCCAUCAGCAUGCUUAUUGAAGGUUCAGCUGUUGAGAAACUGCGCUGGUCAUUCAAACUCUAUGACAAAGACCGAGACGGAGCCAUCACAAAGGAGGAAAUGCUGGAGAUCAUGCAGGUGUGCAGGCUCUGUGUUGUUGUAUAUAAAACAGAAGAUGUGCCAGAUGUUGCAGUUCGAAUGAUGUGCAUUUCUUUGUACGCACAGGCUGUUUAUAAGAUGAAUGUGGCUGCUGGUUUAACCAAACCCAACCCACUUACAGCUGAAGAAUGCACCAACAGGAUAUUUGUGAGAUUAGAUAAAGACAAUAACGCCAUCAUCAGUCUGGAAGAGUUCAUAGAGGGAGCGCUGGAUGACAAUUGGAUCAGAGAGAUGCUGGAAUGUGACCCAAGCACCGUGAAGGUGGGGAGGCCGCUGAAGAGGGACACCGCUUUGGAAACCCACGGUUAAUUUGAAGUGGUUCACUAUUUAGGCACACUGGACCUGCCCGUGUUUGGGCUAAAAAUUCAAGGAAUCAAAUGCUAUCUUCAUCUAUUGGAUUACUUUGUUGUAGCUGCUUUAGAGUGCUGUAACAUUUAGAGCUUAUUUUAUCAAGCUUCCACAAGAUGAAAUGUUGUCUUUUUGUUUUUAUUUAUGUAUUGCUCUAUUCUGGGUUAUUAAUGUUGUUCUCAAACCUACCAGAGUUUAGAAAAAAUUAAUUUACAUAUGUAAAUCCACAAUGUACACAUGACACAUGUGAGGAAAAAAAAUGUUAUUAUUAAAUUCUGCACUUGUGGCCAGAUUAACUUGCACAAAGUAAUGGGACCCUAAAUAACAUUAUAAGAAUGACAUUUCUUCUAAUGAGCCCUCAUCAAUGGAUAUUCAUGCUACAUCAAAGUAAUUGGGUAGUAGAUUAAUGAAAAUUUAAGAAAACUUACUAUUUUUUUUUUUUUACUACUACAUAAUUUAUGUUGUUUUUUUUUUGUUUGUUUGUUUUUUAUAGUAGAUAUACUUUCUGUGGAAAGUGUCAUUGACACUUCGUCAUUGACGCUUUUACACCGCUUGGUGUCGCCUGUGCUUCUUUAAAGCUCACUAGCCACAAAAGUAA